AUGGGCGACAAGAAACGCAAGCUCGCCGAGGAAGCCAUUGCGCCCGAGGGCAAGAAGCUGAAGCAGGAAAAGUCCAAGGGAGAGCGGAAGGAAAAGAAGGAAAAGAAGGAGAAAAAGAGCAAGGCGAAGGAUGUUGUUGAGGACGUAAAGAUCGAGGACGUCGCGGCGCCUGAGGACAGCAAGCCGGAGAAGGAGGACAAGAAGGACAAGAAGGAAAAGAAGGACAAGAAAGAGAAGAAUGAAAAGAAAGAGAAGAAGGAGAAGAAAGAGAAGAAGGAGAAGAAAGACAAAGAUGAAGCCGAGGAGAUGCCAAGCACCCAGACCGCAGCGGCCGAUGCAAUGGACGUCGAUGGCGAUGUGAAACCUACCGAGAAGCAAGAGGCUGAGAGCGACGGGCCCGAGAAGAAGGAGGAAAAAAAGGACAAGAAGAGCAAGAAGGAUAAGAAAUCCAAGAAGGAGAAAAAGGAGAAGGAGUCCGCCAACGAGUCGCAAGAGCAGCCAGAACAAUCUACAGAGACAGCGCCUGGCGAAGAUCACUCACAACACCACCAGAAAAACGCACGUUUCAUCUGCUUCGUCGGAAAUCUCCCUUACUCCGCAACCGCCGACUCCCUCAGAAAGCACUUUGAGAAGAACCCUCCGUCCUCAGUGCGCGUAGCCACUGAGAAAGACAAACCGACCAAAUGCCGCGGAUUCGGUUUCAUCGAAUUUGACAACUAUGACCGCAUGAAGACCUGCCUGAAACUGUACCACCACUCCACGUUCGAUGACGGGAAAUAUCCCCCUCGGAGAAUCAAUGUCGAAUUGACGGCCGGAGGCGGCGGCGGUAAAUCUGAGCAUCGUAGAGCCAAAAUCGAAACCAAGAACAGGAAGCUUAACGAGGAGAGACAACUUCAAGCCAAGGAUAUCCAAAAGGAGAAGAAGACUCAUGCUAGGGGAAACGGCGACGAAGGCGCCGAUGAGUGGGCUGGUAUUCACCCCAGCCGAAGAGCCCGUAUGGCAUAA